UCCUUUUCUUUGAUCUUACUAUCAUAAACACUUCACAUUACAUUGAAAACUCAAUACUACACUCUCAAUUUUAACUACUCCAUACUCAACACAAUACAAACCUCACCCCACCAACUCCAACUACAUAUCAAAAUGGCUCGCGGAACCGGUGUCCAGUCAAAGGUCCACUACAAGGGCAGCACCGACGACUAUGUCGUCUUCGUCGAGGACCCGGCUAUGCUGAAGAAGUGGAGAGACGACAAGACCAUCGCGCUGGUCGAGGUGGUCGACGCAUUCAAGGUCUUCACGACCGGAAAGCACGGUGCACAGGGUGAGCUCAACACGGCCUCCAAGUCGCAGCUUGAGAACGAGUUCGGCACGUCGAAGGAAGACGAGGUUAUCCAGAAGAUCUUGCAGGAUGGAACGCUCCAGGAGUCCGAGGUAUGUGCUUCACUUACCCCGCUUACUUCCACCCCCAUCACAACCCCAACGCAAGUAUACUAACAGUUAUGCUCCCAGGCAACCGCCAGGCAAGGCAUCACCAACGAGACGAUCGGUGUCCGUGGCCAGUUCUAGAGCGCUCGCUGCUGUGACGGAUGAAUGUAC